CACACCUCUGCUACACUGGCGGGAUGUGAAAAAAUGUACAAUGGAAUCAGGAUUUCAUUGCAUAAUGUUUUUUGCAUCUUUACUAGUGCAACAAAAUCAUAAUUUCAUUGUGCAUUAUGGGAAAGGAUGUUUUUGGAAUUUUAAAUGUUGAUAGGGGCCAAUAGCAAAUGAUUGGGGCCAAUAGCAACCCUAAGCUAAGUUCAGAGGUUGGGCCAGGCCAGCCAGUUCACUUGGCACAACAUAAUUAUUGGAUAUAUUGCUAUGGCAGAGAAGACAGACACAAGGAAGCUGCAAAACACUGAAUGAGGAUGAGGAUGAGAAUCAAACGCCAUUGAAACAACACCUUUUACUCAGACAGAGCCGUUAACCAAAUGCCACAAUGGCAACGGCGCCGUUAACUCUCCAUCUCUGUUGCCUUGGCCGAAGCUUAUGCAAAACGCUCUUUCUUACUCCCUCCCCCGCCGCUCUUGGGAGCUCUCCUCACGUCACUUUCCGAGGCAAGUUCCGCCGCCGAAUCUCUUUGUCCCGGCGCUUCUCCGCCGGCUCCACCUCCCGAGAAGUGGAAUAUGAAUUGGGCUUUGGAGGAGGAGUGGAUGAGAAGUAUGAUGUGAUUGUAGUUGGAGGAGGGCACGCAGGGUGCGAAGCCGCUCUUGCCUCUGCACGUUUGGGAGCAAGGACUCUUCUUCUUACUCUCAACAUUGACCGAAUUGCGUGGCAGCCUUGCAAUCCAGCUGUUGGUGGGCCCGCAAAGUCCCAACUUGUUCAUGAAGUGGAUGCACUUGGUGGUCAAAUAGGGAAGAUUGCUGAUAGAUGUUACUUACAGAAGCGUGUACUCAAUGUCUCAAGAGGUCCUGCAGUUCGUGCAUUACGUGCUCAGACCGAUAAAAGGGACUAUGCCAUUCAAAUGAAAAGUGUAGUAGAAAGCACUCCAAACCUUUCUAUUCGAGAGGCUAUGGUCACAGAUAUUUUACUAGGGAAGAAUGAUAACGUGGAAGGUGUUUGUACAUUCUUUGGAAUGAAAUUCUAUGCUCCGUCUGUUAUUCUCACCACAGGGACUUUUAUGAGUGGUAAAAUUUGGGUCGGUAGAACUUCUAUGCCUGCAGGAAGAGCUGGCGAGUCUGCUUCACUUGGAUUAACAGAAAACUUACAACGACUUGGUUUUGAAACUGAUCGGUUGAAAACUGGAACCCCUGCCCGAGUGGACAUUCGCACUGUAAAUUUCUCAGGAUUAGAACCACAGCAUGGAGAUGAAGAGGUUGGCUGGUUUAGUUUUGAUCCUGAGGUCCAUAUUGAAAGAGAGCAGAUGUGCUGCUACCUAACUCGUACUACAAGUACAACUCAUCAGAUAAUACGAGAGAACUUACAUGAGACUCCCACUUAUGGGGGAUGGGUUGAAGCCAAAGGACCUAGAUACUGUCCUUCAAUAGAAGAUAAGAUUGUAAGAUUCCAAGAUAAAGAGUCUCAUCAAAUAUUUCUUGAACCUGAGGGUCGAAGUGUGCCUGAGCUCUAUGUGCAGGGGUUCUCAACAGGUUUGCCAGAGAGACUACAAUUACCUUUGCUGAGAACUUUACCUGGGCUUGAGAACUGUUCAAUGUUAAGGCCUGCAUAUGCUGUGGAAUAUGAUUAUUUACCUGCUCAUCAAUGCGGUAGGUCUCUAAUGACAAAGAAAAUACAAGGAUUGUUCUUCUCCGGUCAGAUAAAUGGAACUACAGGCUAUGAAGAAGCUGCAGCACAGGGUAUCAUUUCUGGUAUCAAUGCUGCUAGACAUGCAGACAGUAAGCCAGUUAUUGUUCUUGAGAGGGAGAGCAGUUAUAUAGGAACAUUAAUUGAUGAUCUAGUAACUAAGGACCUGCGAGAGCCUUACCGCAUGUUAACCAGCCGCUCAGAGCAUCGGUUACUUUUGAGAUCUGACAAUGCUGAUAGCCGUCUCACACCUUUAGGUCGUGAAAUUGGGUUGAUCGAUGAUAGGCGCUGGAAACUGUACCAGGAUAAGCAAGCUCGGAUUUCUGAGGAAAAGAAGCGAUUGAAAAGUGUCAGGAUUUCAGGAGGGGAUUUGGCUGCUGAAGUCACUAAUCUUUCUCGUCAGCCAGUGAAGGACUUUUCAACAUUAGAAAGUCUUCUUAAGAAACCACACAUACAAUAUGAAAUUCUUGACAAGCAUGGUUUCGGCGACAAAAGCUUAUCAAGAAUGGAGAAAGAAUGUGUCGAGAUUGAUAUAAAGUAUGAAGGUUUCAUCUUGCGUCAGCAAAGCCAACUUCAACAGGUGGUUGCUCAACAACAUAGACCACUUCCUGAAGACUUAGAUUACUAUGCAAUGACAACAUUGUCUCUUGAAGCUCGCGAAAAACUUUCCAAGGUUAGGCCUCAAACCAUUGGUCAGGCAAGCAGAGUAGGGGGGGUGAGCCCCGCUGAUAUCACUGCUCUACUCAUCGUGAUCGAAGCCAGACGGAGGAAAGCUCAAGAACUAAGGAGGUACAAAAUGAUGAAUGCCAUUCGAGCAAAUUCCCAAGAUGAGGUGCCUGAAGUUUCUUUGACUGAGAAAGUCAGCUCUGGAUGAAGCUUCCAUGUCACUUUGAUGCCCGACUAUUCUAUCAAUUUUGGUAUUUAGUGUGUCAUAUUAUGUAUACUAGAGAGUCGUCCGUACCAUGCUCAUACUAAUAUUUGAAAUUUCAUAAAUAUAAAUUAUUACUACAUAUACAUACUUAAA